CUUGACCAGAGUUCUGCCUGCGCUCUCCUUGUCCUACCUGAACCCGCUCAACCACAGGCCGAUCAACCCGAUAUACAGAGCGCUAGCAACCGCAUCCAUGGCAUCGCCCUCUGAUCUUCAAUCCUGGGCCCAGAAUCAGCUGGCGGCCGUGUAUAACGCCGCUUCUGACGAAGACUUUGAUGCUGCCGUCGAGCGAACGUUCAGCCAGGAUGCACAGAUCGAAAUAGACGGAAAGGCAUACGGCUUAUCUGAAGCCAAGGAAGCGUUCGGAAUCCAGCGCAAGCCUGGUGUAUCCACCAAGAACGACUUUGCGUGGGAACAAGAGCCUAAAUCCUUGGCUGCAACAGCAGAAGGAGGCAACGCAGACGAAGUAACCGGCAGCAUUCUGCUCACACAUCACAUGAAGUUUCGCAUCCGCGCGGCGCCCGCCCAGACACAAACCGUCAUCAACUUCCACGCAAAGGUCUCGGGUGAAGGUUCUGCACGUCGCAUCGUCUCACUCAAGGAGUCCAUUGAAGGUCGACAAGUGCCCAUCAGGUUUCCGCAGGUUCAUAGGCACGACGAAACAUGAACGUAAGAGAGAUAAUGAUGGUUUCAUAUGCGCUCUCUGCUGUAACUGCUACAUGUCCAACAAAUAUCGCACCAACUAGUACGGUUGCGUUGCGCAAUCAUCUCUAUGCUCAUAACGUAUGUAGCUGCCUACGUGCGGCAAGCCCCGAAUGUGCCACUGCACAGCUUGGGAACCAC